AAAGGUGAAUGCAGGGUUGUCAAAUAUAAAAUUGUAAUUGCUUGCGUCGCUGGCGUGAUUGUAAUAGGUUGCCGGCGAAAAUUAACUAUUGAUAUUUCUAUUUACACUAAUAAUACUUUAAUGUAUAUGUGUUAAAAAAUAAUUUCCACACAAAAAAUCUCAAGAUGACUGCGGACGUUCAAAGUAAAACGAGGAUGCCGCAUCUCUCGUCCGAUAAACAACUUACUUUUAUAAAACUGGCUGUUUUAUCAAUGGCAGCGAUUUUAUCGUUUGGAACACGUCUUUUCUCAGUAUUACGCUUCGAAAGCGUAAUUCAUGAGUUCGACCCCUACUUUAACUACAGAACAACGCGUUAUCUGACAGAAGAAGGGUUCUAUAAAUUCCACAAUUGGUUUGAUGACAGAGCAUGGUACCCUCUAGGACGUAUCAUUGGUGGUACUAUUUACCCUGGGCUGAUGGUGACAUCGGCCACAUUAUACAACAUAAUGCAGUUCCUCAACAUAACAAUAGACAUCAGGAAUGUAUGUGUGUUCCUGGCUCCGUUCUUCUCAUCGCUCACGACUAUUGUCACCUACCUGCUGACUAAGGAGUUGAAGGAUGAGGGUGCGGGGUUGGUCGCUGCGGCGAUGAUUGCCAUCGUCCCUGGCUACAUCAGUCGUUCGGUUGCUGGCAGUUAUGACAAUGAGGGUAUUGCCAUCUUCUGUAUGCUCCUGACAUAUUAUUUCUGGAUCAAGGCCGUCAACACCGGUACUAUUUUGUGGGCAACUAUGACCGCAUUGGCAUACUUCUAUAUGGUGUCUUCAUGGGGAGGUUAUGUGUUCCUAAUCAACUUGAUCCCUCUCCAUGUCCUGGCCCUGAUCCUACUGGGCCGUUUCUCUCACCGUGUGUAUGUAGCCUACAGUACCCUGUACUGUGUGGGGACGGUACUCUCUAUGCAGAUCAGUUUUGUUGGCUUCCAGCCGGUACAGAGCUCGGAACAUAUGCUUGCGUUAGGCACUUUUGGUCUAUGCCAGCUGUAUUCCUUCACUCAGUACCUUCGAGCUCGUCUCUCUCCAGCAAACUUUGAGCUGUUGUUCAAGGCCUUACUGACUACCCUACUGGCCACCCUCGGAACAGCACUCGUAGUGCUCACCGUGACCGGAAAAAUAUCACCAUGGACCGGCAGGUUCUAUUCUCUACUGGACCCGUCCUACGCUAAAAAUCACAUUCCUAUCAUUGCAUCUGUGUCCGAGCAUCAGCCAACGUCGUGGUCUUCGUUCUACUUUGAUCUGCAAGUGCUGGUGUUCCUCUUCCCCGCCGGCCUCUACUUCUGCUUCACCAAACUCACCGACGCCAACAUCUUCAUCAUACUAUACGGAGUACUCAGCAUCUACUUUGCGGGUGUGAUGGUCAGGUUGAUGUUGGUGCUGGCUCCCGUCAUGUGCAUCGUGUCAGGAGUGGCCGCCUCCAGUCUGCUGAGCCUUCACGUUAAAGACAUCGAACCUAAAGCUGAAAAACCGGACAAGAAGAAGAAACACGAAAAUAAUCUGGUGUUCAGGUCUGAGGUGGGGGCCCUGUUCGUGAUGGUGCUCUGCGGCCUGUUGGUGUCGUACGUGUUCCACUGCACCUGGGUGACGUCGGAGGCGUACUCCUCGCCCUCCAUAGUGCUGUCGGCGCGGGCGCACGACGGCGCCAGGAUCAUAUUCGACGACUUCAGGGAGGCUUACACCUGGCUCAAGAUGAACACUCCAGAGGACGCGAAGGUGAUGUCGUGGUGGGACUACGGCUAUCAGAUAACAGCGAUGGCGAACAGAACGGUGAUAGUCGACAACAACACUUGGAACAACACUCACAUCUCGCGAGUGGGCCAGGCCAUGGCGUCUAGUGAGGAACACGCCUACGAGAUCAUGAGGGAGCUGGACGUGGAUUACGUGCUCGUUAUAUUCGGAGGACUCGUAGGAUACUCGUCUGACGACAUCAACAAGUUCCUGUGGAUGGUGCGUAUCGGCGGCAGUACAGACCGCGGCGCGCACAUCAAGGAGGCCGACUAUUACACCGGCGCGGGCGAGUUCCGCGUCGACGCACACGGGGCGCCCGCGCUGCUCAACUGCCUCAUGUACAAGAUGAGCUACUACAAAUUCGGCUUGGUGUACACCGAGGGCGGCCGGCCUCCGGGAUACGACCGCGUGCGUGGCGCCGAGAUCGGCAACAAGGACUUCAAUCUAGACGUACUAGAAGAAGCGUACACCACGGAGCACUGGCUGGUCCGCGUCUACAAGGUCAAGCCGCUGCCCAACCGCGGCCUUUGAGUGUCGACCACGUGACCCCGAGCCCGCCCGCGCCGCGCCCUCCACGCCCUACUAGACUUCAAGGACAUCAAAUGGAGCAAGUUGAACUUGCGACCGACUAACGCGGACCCUUACACAGCGCGAGCCGGGCGCUCCAACGUACAUUACUAUAGAGAAUCACGGAGUAGUGGCACAGUAGCGGAGUCCGGGACGGCGGACAUGCCGCGGGCGCGGCCGAGGUCGCGGGCACCUAUGACUGUAUUUAUUUUGAUGUGAUUGUACCAUUCAGGAAAUCGUCAGCGACUGUUUUGUAGGUUCCAGUGUCAGACAUUAGACGAUCUAACAUUUCUAUUUGUGAUACAAACAGUAAAUGUCUCAAAGCGUGUAAUCAUAAAGGCGAAGUUUAGAUAUGCAACCUUUUUGUUAACAUUUCAACGUUGGCGUGCUCACUGAUACAUGCAAUAGUUGUAACGGUCUUCAUAAUGUCGCUGUCAGCUGGUAUCAGCUGUACAUACUGUGCUACCAUGACAUUCAUAGAUGUUUCUGAACUAAACUUUAAAAUAUCUUGCUUAUGAAUUUUAGAUUUUAUCCUACAAAUGUUCCCCUUUUUAACUAUCAUCAAUAUUAAAUUGGCCUUAACUAUUUUUUAGUCUAUUUUACGAUGACACUACUGCGAGUGACAUUUUUCUAUAUAUUUUCCUUUAACGAAAAUUUUUCUUUAUUGUUUAUAUGAAUUUCAGUCGCACAAAAUUAUAAUUGUAUAUUAAUUAAAUAAGAAUAAUCAUUUUAAAUCUUAUAUUUAAAGAUAAUAAUUUGAUUGUAAAGUAAAUAAGUAUGAAUGAUACAUGUAUGUAAAUGAAAUGAGCUGUUGUAAAAAUUCAUUCUUUUUUAUCUGAAUAAAAAUAAUAAUAUAGG